AUGUUGAAGCCACGGGAUAGUCGAAAGUUUGAUAUAGUACUGUUCGGCGCGACUGGUUUCACUGGAAAAAGAGUUGCUGAAUAUCUCGCCCUCAAUGGACCACAAGACUUGAAGUGGUCCUUGGCUGGAAGAUCUCGCGCAAAACUCGAAACACUAAAGAAAAGUCUCGUCGAUAUCAAUCCAAAGUCUUCAAACAUUGAUGUAGUUACGGCCGACGUAAAUGAUAAAUCUUCUCUACACGAGGUUAUCGGCGAUGCAAGAGUCGUAAUCACAACCGUUGGUCCAUACACAAAAUACGGAACUCCUGUCGUGGAAGCUUGUGUUCAUAAUAAAACUGAUUAUGUCGACAUUACCGGGGAAACAACGUGGAUCAAAAAGAUCGUUGAACAAUUCCAUAUGACGGCAGAAAGCUGCGGCACGAUCAUAGUCCCUAGCUGCGGAUUUGACAGUGUUCCAAGUGAUAUUGGUACUCUUAUGGUCGUUGAUUUCAUCAAGAAACAAUGGGACCGGGACACUGGAGAAGUAAAGGGUACGAUAAAAUGGCUUAAAGGUGGAAUCAGUGGUGGUACCAUCCAUAGUUCAUUGGCUGUGGUGGAGGAACCUUGGGGUGCAAUCGAGAUGUUUACAGAUCCAUACUUUAUAUCGCCAGUUGCUGGUCAGCAAGGUUUUUCGCUUCCAUUAUAUUACGACUCUGACUUUGGAAAAUGGCAAGGACCACACUUUCUCGCAACUAGUAAUGAAAGACUGGUUCAACGCUCGUACGGGCUCAAGUCAGUUGCAGGCCAUUCAUAUGGGAAAUUUUUUUCCUAUCGCGAAUACUUUUCAUACGGGAAUAUCUUAACAGCAUUAUUGGCAACAAUCGGGUGGUCCUUCAUGAGCGCGAUCUUGUUUAUACCUCCAGUGCAGUGGAUACUACGGAAAUAUGCACCAGGACCAGGAAGUGGUCCAACGAAAGAGCAAAUUGAAAAGGGAGGAUUUGAAUGUCAAUACAUCGGAGAAGCGUGCAUUGAGCCCUACGAAAAGUCAAUGAAAGCAAUAUCAAAAGUGAAGGGUUUCAAAGAUCCUGGGUAUGGCGAGACCGCCAAAAUGGUUAGUGAAUGUGCUCUAGCACUUGUGUAUGAUCGUCAGCGUAUACCUGGUAAAGGAGGUAUUAUGACGCCGGCCACGGCAUUUGGUCACGUACUGGUUGAAAGAUUAAAUGCUGCCGGAAUGGAGCUGUCUGUGGAAGCGCUAACCAAGUCAAAGGACGAUUAG